UCUCUGCCUCUUCCCGAUCUGAAAUUAGUUUCACUUUCCAGUUCCUCUUCCCUUUCACAAAGGCGAGCAGUCAGAAACGGGAGAGAGCAUCAGCUGAUGCCUUCCUUGCCCCCACCACCCCCUUGCCUUUUGCAAAGCUCCUUCAGAAUUUACUGGAGGCUGACCAGGAGGAUAUCCGGAGAAUGAAUCAGCUUGGACUCCAUUUUCUCAGAACAGAAGAGAAGCAGAUUGCGGUCCUGAGACCAGCGAGAAAAGCCCUCAACUAAGGGCUAGUAUCCUGGAAGGAAGCCUCUUCCACAUUUGCUCCUGAUCCACAACAGAGAACAAAGUCAGCCCGGACACCGGCUUUCAGGACUGCAGGGAAACAGCCAUCAUGAGGAAACAAAGAUCCAGCGAGAGCACGCUGACCAUCCUUUAUACAACUGGGCAUAUUUUGGUUUUCCUCAUUGAGAAUUUUAACCUCCUGUGUACUGUUUUUACAGUAAUGUGUAAACAUUGAUUUUUAUCUGCUUUUUACUGUACCUUCUGGGUCAAAUUUUUUAUACUGCCUGUAUUUGUUAAAAUAAAGAUUCUCACCUGAUGUUGGUUAAAUAUAUAUAUAUAUAUAUGUGUAUAUAUAUAUAUAUGUACACACAUAUGUAUUUAAAGAAAAUAUGCACAUAUAUAUUCAGAAUGAGAGAAAUUUAUUAUGUGGAAUUGGCUCGCAUGAUUACAGAGGCUGAGACACCCUAUGAUCUGCUGUCUGCAAAUUGUAGUCCCAGGAAAGCCAAUGGUAUUAGCUGCAGUCUAAGUCCAAAGGCCCGAGAGCCAGGAGUGCCGAUGCUCAAAGUCAGCAAGAGUUCUCUGGACAAAAUCCUUCCAAAGCUGAAGUGCCAUUUCACAUGGAACUUAUUUAAGGGAGAAAGUAUCUCACAUGAUCUAGAAGAUAGAGUGUGUAACCAGAUUGAAUUUUUAAAUACUGAGUUCAAAGCUACAAUGUACAACUUGUUGGCCUACGUAAAACACCUUAGAGGCCAAAAUGAGGCAGCCCUGGAAUGCUUAGGGCAAGCUGAAGAGUUGAUCCAGCGAGAGCACAGUGGCCCAGCAGAAAUCAGGAGCCUGGUCACCUGGGGAAACUAUGCCUGGAUCUACUACCACCUGGGCAGACUCUCAGAAGCUCAGACUUAUGCAGACAAGGUGAAACAAGUAUGUGAGAAGUUUUCAAAUCCUUACAGUAUUGAGUGUCCUGAGCUAGACUGUGAAGAAGGGUGGACACGGUUAAAGUGUGGAGAAAGGCAAAAUGAAAGGGCGAAGGUGUGUUUUGAGAAGGCUCUGGAAGAGAAACCUGAUGACCCAGAAUUCUCCUCUGGACUGGCGAUCGCGAUGUACUGUCUGGAUAAAAAACCACAGAACCAGUUCUCAGUCAAGGUUCUGAAACAGGCUAUUGAGUUGAGUCCUAACAAUGAGUAUAUCAAAGUUCUCUUGGCCCUGAAAUUGCAGAAGAUGAAUGAAAAGGCUGAAGGGGAGCAGUUGGUUGCAGAGGCCCUGGAGAAAGCACCUUGCCAAACAGAUGUCCUUUGCAGUGCAGCCAAAUUUUACAAAAGAAAAGGUGAUUUAGACAAAGCUAUUGAACUGUUUUUAAAGGCACUGGAAUCCUUACCAAACAAUGGCUACCUUCAUUACCAGAUCGCGUAUUGCUAUAAGGCAAAAGUCAAACAGAUUCAGAAUACAGGAGAAUUGGAAACAAGUGGGCAUAGAGAAAAAAUUGAAGGACUAAGAAAAUGUGCUGUGGGUUAUUUGACUAAAGCUAUUGAAAAGGGCCUAGAUCCUCUGAGUGUACAUCCUGAUCUCAUUGGGCUCUUGGAAACAGAAGAAAAUCGUCAGAUAGUAAUAGAUAGUAAGGAGCUCCCUAGCACUGAGAGGCAACAACUCUAUCAGCGCUCUUCCAUCUUUCGGGAAUACUGUGAGAAGUCGGAAGACACUGCUGUCCAACAUUAUUCAGAGGGUUUGCCCAUAACCACAGUAUCAACUGAGAAGGAAAAGAUGAAAUACCAACUACAGAACAUAGGUGAAAAUCAGCUUCCACGAAAUGCACCAAAUUCUUGGUAUCUCCAAGGAUUAAUCCACAAGCUGAAUGGAGAUCUGCUACAAGCAGCCAAAUGUUAUGAGAAGGCAUUGGGCCAUGUACUAAGGAACAGCCCAUCAGGCAUAGGCAGCCUUUUCCUGUCAGCGUCUGAGCUUGAAGAAGGCAGUGAGGAAAUGGGUCAGGAUGCAGAGCUCUGCUCUCGGAGAACUCCCUGAACCCUGAGCUGAAACUGAGAGGAGGGAAAUGAACUGUCAGGGAGCCUGGAAUGGUGGUCAUGCUGGGGAGGUGGGUUGGAAGGCAGAAGUUCCCCUAUCUGAUCUCAUUGAACAAAGUAGUCGUGCUUACUGCUUUAAGGAACAUUUUAGAGAGUUGUUUUCUCAUAUCUGGCUCCUUUGUCCAUACCAGCCACACAGAGUUCUCUAGUCUGUAGGUCUUAUAACAAAUCACUAGUAGAAGUACUGCUUCCAGCCUGCAUGAUACUGAUUAGUUCUCAGUUUGCAUUCAGUUCACCAGAUAUUCCCUAUUUCUGCCCUUCUUGCCAAGGAUCAUAAGAGGUGACAGUCUACCAAGAAUCUCAUGUCCUUUACCCCAUUACUAUCUAGACUUCUGGGCCUCUUGGGAGACUAGCUUUUGACUAACCCUGGAAUAUUCCUUAUGUCCUGCCCUUGGCUUUAGCCAUGUAUUUAUAUGUAUUCUUGAUAGUGAUACUACCAUAAACAUGUAUUCUUGAUAGUAAUGCUACAAUAAAUUUAAAAAUGUCAACUCAGGAUA